AUGGGUUCACCGGGCAAACCCCCGAUCUUCGAUGGAUCCGAUUACGACUAUUGGAAGGUGCGCAUGCGUGCCUAUCUUUUGAGUCUAGGUUCCGAGGUCUGGGAGAUUUGCGUGGACCCUGAUUAUGUGAACCUUGCGGUCCGCACGACCGAGCUUCAGUUGGAGGUGCUUGGGAGCGAGGAGCUUGCAUUGAUCAUCCACAAGUUCCAACGUGCCUUCAACAACAGACAAGCACGAGCGAAGACCUGCUUCAACUGCGGCAAGACCGGCCACUUCGCCGCCGAGUGCCCCAGGAAGAAGAGUUCCAGGGAUGAUGACGGCCGCUCCAAGCACGAGGAGUACCGCGAGCACCGCCACAAGCACAAGAGUGGGCACUCCCACAAGAAGAAUGGCGGACGUUCCAAGCGGCACCACGAGCGGAAGAAGAAGAACGUCGGCAAGUACAAGGACAAGCAGGCGUUCGUCGCCCAGAGCGAGGAUCACUCCUCCACCAGCCAGAAUAAUCAGGAUUUGAUCAUUAAGGAUGCUAAGAGGCAGUUUAGGGCGUUGAGACAGGAGCUGAAGGAAGCUAAGUUAGCUUUAGAGAUUGCUCAGUCUGCCCCCAUAGUGGAGGAUUGUAUUGAGGAGGAUGAGUGCAGUCAGUGCAUCGGCUUGAUGUCUGACUUGUCCGAGCUUAGGAGCAAGUAUGAUGAGAACUUGCUCAAGCUCGAGGAGGGCAAGAAGGCCAUGGAUGAGCUCAAGUCCCGGCCUACCCUCUUGGGUGCUUGCAAGGAGUGCCCAGCACUUAGAGAAGAGCUUAAGGAGAAGAAUGUUGCUUUGAGGAAGUUGGAGAAAUCCGCACCUGAUCUCUGA